UCGCUCAGAUCUAAAGUAAUCGAAAUGUCUGAGGAAAAUACUGCUACCAAUCCAAAGAAAUCAGCCGUGGAUGAGAGGGUUGAUAAGUUGGAAGCUACAAUGCAAACUAUGGCUGCUACUAUUCAGACUGUCAGUCUCACUUUAUACACUUUGACUACUGGUUCGGUUCCCUCACCUGCAUCCUUAGUGCCCACAACAUCAACUCCACCCGUCAUUAUUCCGUCGUCUACCAUCACACUGGGUAAUCAUGCUAAGGAUCCAAUGGUCACACAACUGCAAUUUCCACCUAUUUAUGAGAAUCAGCCUCUAAUGGGGGAGUCAUCUUCACAUGAUCCACAAAUAUCAUCUCUGCCCUCUGAAGCCUCAUACCCACCACUCAAGAUGAACAACCCUACCUUGCCCACAACCAUACCUCUUACCCUUAACAUACCACCUUUGAUAGGACAAGUGCCAGCUAUUCAACCCAACCCCUCAAUUGAGAUAUUGAGUCCUACUUUGGAGGAUGGGAAGUCAAGAGAGGUCGAUCACAAGUUGCAACAAUUGGAAGAGACUUUGAAAGCUAUGCAAGGGCCACAAGAUGUCCUUAUGCCAAUGAUGUAUGCUAGGAAGAUGGCACCUUAUGCCAAUGAUGAGAGGGUACUCGUUCAUUAUUUUCAAGACAGUCUCUCAGGCCCAGAAAGUGUUUGGUUUUUAAUGGUUGACAAGAAGAACAUAUGUUCUUUCAAAGAUGUUUCUCAAGCUUUCAUGAGGCAAUAUGAGUACAAUAUCAACUUGGCCCCUACGAGGGAUAGCUUGCAGAGAAUUACCAAGAAGAGUAAUGAAACCUUCAAGGAAUUUGCUCAAUGGUGGAGAUCCGAAGCAGCUAAGGUCAUUCCACCUCUCACCGACAGUGAAAUCUACUCUCUCUUUAUCAAAUCAACUACUGGGACUUUCCGUGCAUGGUCAAGACAGUUCACUAAGCUUUCAAUCCCUUAUAGUGAGGCGUUGAAACAAUUAGUUGCAGUGGGUUUAUUGGAGACAAUGCAAGCGAACCCUAUUCAACCACCUUAUCCAUACUGGUAUGAUCUGCAAGCUAGGUGCGAAUAUCACAAUGCGGUGGGUCAUGGUACUGAAUAUUGUGCAACCUUGAAAAUAAAAAUUCAAGAUCUUAUUGAUGAGGGUAAACUUCAGUUCGAUGUUAAUGAAGCCAAGAGCACUUCGAACAUCACUCGAAAUCCUUUACCCCCUCACAAUGCAGGCACAAUGAAUAUGGUCACCCUUGAUGAAGUUGAAAAGCUCGUGUUGGAGAAUGCCAGUUUUUGGUCUCUUGAUGAAUUGUUUGUCAUUUUGACAAAGUAUGAUUUGAUUCAACCGAUUGAACAAAUGAGCUUGAAUGUUCCACCUGCGAUGAUUGAUGAUGCCUUGGUGUGUCCUUACCACUCCAAUAUGAAGGGUCAUACUUUGCAAGAUUGUGAAGAUUUUCAAAAAAAGGUUAAGGAGUUGCAAGUAAUGAGAUCUUUGAAGUUUGUAUCUGCUCAAGUGUCAGAAAAAUGUAUAGCACAGUUUGAGGAGGUGGUUGUGGAAGAUAUCACUGAUGAGAUCUAUUCUGAUCAUGAGGAAGAUAGUUUUGCUUCAACAACCUAUUUGGGCCGACCAACAUGACAAAUCUUAAGGAAAGGUGGAGGAAGAUACUCAUUGAAAGGGCAUCUAUGGAGCAGCACCCCAACUUCCAUCUUGCAGAAGCUCCAAUGGGUUCACACAAGUCUGUGCCUCUUGAAUUACUGAAA